AUGAGAAGUUUGAGUAGGGUUUAUAUUUUGAGACAUGAGAAGGCAAAUGAGAAAGUGAGGGAGUGUGGCAGUGCCAGUGCCAAUAUUGCAACUUUGUACGAGAGGAGAGGGGAAGAAAAAUCUGAUGUAACACCAAAACUAAUAGCAGAGAUAGAACUGCAAACUUUGAACUAUGGAAGACCUGAUCUCGAAAACUAUCAUGAUGUCAUCUUCUUGUUUGAUGCUCACGUUCAAUGA